UGGCAACCAUUUAGACGCAUUGAGAGCGAGUUGAUAGAGAAAACCUGGACUACCAAAGACUGAAAGCUGGUUUUGUAUAACGAGUAUAAACUGCACUAGGCCUGGACUUUUGAUUUAGAUGUAAUUCACAUAAUUUUGUUGAACAGAAAUAGAACAGACUGCAUUGCUCAGGAUGUGCAAUAGUCUCAGACUAUAAUGGCCUGAUAUUACUCACACUUUUUCUUAAGACACAUCUGCAGUUAAGAAAUUAUCUGGUUGUACUGCAAUUUAUUUGAAUAAGCAAGUAAAAUGGAGCACUCCUUCAAAGACGGAAUUCGGACCAAUAAUGUCCAGGGACUGUGAAGAGCCUGGUCAGUCUGUAGGGAUGUUGGCUGCGGUGGAGCAUGGUCCGGUCCUCUGCAGUGACUCCAACAUCCUCUGCCUCUCAUGGAAAGGGAGAGUUCCCAAAAGUGAGAAGGAGAAGCCGGUGUGCAGGAGGCGCUACUAUGAGGAGGGCUGGCUGGCCACUGGGAACGCCAGGGGUGUUGUGGGUGUGACGUUCACAUCUAGUCACUGUCGAAGGGACAGAAAUACCCCACAAAGAAUCAACUUCAAUUUACGGGGUCAUAACAGUGAGGUUGUCCUUGUUAGGUGGAAUGAACCGUUUCAGAAGCUUGCAACAUGUGACAUGGAGGGAGGGAUAUUUGUGUGGAUCCAAUAUGAAGGAAGAUGGUCUGUAGAGCUGGUGAAUGACAGAGGUGCCCAGAGGCCCAUCACCACGAUUUGCUGGGGUCACCGGGACUCACGGCUUUUUCUGGCCUGUGGACCAGCCCUGUACGUAGUGCGUGUAGAGCAUCGUGUGGCCAGCCUGCAGCUUCUAUGUCAGCAAGGCAUUGCCAGUGCUCUUAAAGAGGAGAGAGAUGUGGGAAAACUGAACAUGCCUUCACUCCUCUGUUCCUAUGUUACCACUGCUUUCAUUCCAACUAUCAAGCCACCCAUCCCAGAUCCGAAUAACAUCCGAGACUUUGUGAGCUAUCCGACAGCAGGGAAUGAACGCCUGCACUGCACUAUGAAACGUUCAGAGGAGAAUCCAGAAGCAGGAGGCCCCUGUUAUACCCUCUAUCUGGAACACCUGGGGGGUUUGGUGCCUAUUCUCAAGGGUCGUCGCAUCAGCAAGUUGCGACCGGAGUUUGUCAUUAUGGACCCAAAAAUGGAUGUUAAAGCAGAUGAGGUCUGUGUAAAUGGCAUGAUCUCCUACAUGACUGACAGCUGCAACUGUUCAGACUCAAGCGAUAUUGAGUUGAGCGAUGAGUGGGUUGGGCGAAAAUCGCCCAAACUUUCUAGAGGAAACAGGUCUCCUAAGCUUCCUAGGUACUCUAAACAUAUGAGAAUUAAUAUGGAAUCAAGAAAGUCUCCCAAACUUGCCCAAACAUCUCAAGAAAUGUCUAGGUCUCCUAGACUACCAAAGAAGCCUCCAGUUCGGUCUCCGAGUCUUACUCGAAGAGAAUUUCUAGUUGAUGGCUUUAGUGAGCAUAAUUACUUGGCCCAGGUCACCUCUAACAUUUGGGGAACAAAGUUUAAGAUUGUAGGCCUUGCCUCAUUUUUGCCAGCUAACUUAGGAGCAGUUAUUUAUAAAACUAGUUUGCUGCACCUACAACCUCGUCAGAUGACCAUCUAUUUGCCUGAGGUGCGUAAAAUUUCCCUGGAUUUCAUGAGUCUGCCAGUCUUCAAUCCCAAUGUGUUCAGUGAAGAUGAAGAUGAUUUACCUGUUAUGGGACCCUCGGGAGUGUCAGCCGACAAUCCUCCUUGCACAGUUAAUAUCCCCAUUGCCCCAAUUCACAGCCCUGCUCAAGCCAUGUCCCCUACACAGAGUAUAGGUCUAGUCCAGUCUCUCCUAGCCAACCAGAAUAUUCAGCUUGAUGUCCUUACCAAUCCCACCGCCACCGCCACUGCAGCAGCUGCAGCUGCAGCCGCAGCAGCAACAGCAGCAGCAGCUAAUGCAACAGUAUCUGAGCAUAGUCAGGACACUGUGACAGCACAGUACACUGUGCCAACCAGAUAUUCCAACCCUGGACAGGUGAUUUUCAGUGGACUGGAAAUGAGUAACAUCCUAAGUGGAACUCUUCCUCCUCCUCCACAUCAUCUGCCACAACAACCCCACCAACAACGUCAGCAACAACAGCAGCAACAAGACCACCAACAAUCAAAACAUCAACAGCAAUUACAACCACAGCAGCAGCAUCUGAAAUUGCAACAUCAGUCACAGCAACUGCAUCAACAGUCGCUGCAGCAGCAACACAUGCAACAUCAGCAGCAACUGCAAACACAGCAGCAUCAGCAGCAACUGCAAACACAGCAGCAUCAACAGCAACUGCAACAGCAGCAUCAACAGCAACUGCAACAGCAGCAUCAACAACUACAACAGCAGCAUCAACAACAACUGCAACAGCAGCAUCAACAACAACUGCAACAGCAGCAUCAACAACUACAACAGCAGCAUCAACAGCAGUUGCAACAACAUCAACAGGCAAUGCAUCAGCAGCAACUGCAACAGCAGCAACUGCAACAGCAGCAGCAACAGAUUCAACAGCAAGUGCAGCAGCAUCAACAACAAAUUCAUCAACAGCAUCAACAACAAUUCCAACAGCAGCAGCACCAGUUGCAGAUUCAGCAUGAGCAAAUGCAGCAGCAGCAGCAACAAAUGCAACAACAGCAGCAACAAAUUCGACAGCAAAUACAGGAAAUGAGGCAGCAGCAGCAACAACUUCAACAGCAGCAUCAACAAAUACAGCUGCAACAUCAACAAAUGCAAAGACAGCAUCAACAAAUGCAGCAUCAGCUUAAAAUGCAAAUGUCCCUCCAACAUCCACCUUCAGGGUAUGCUACUCUAACCCUGCAUCAAUUACAGCUGAUGCCUCAAAUUCCUCAUCCAGACCAGCCACCAGACAGAGGAGAACAAGUCCUCCCUCUUAAGAUUCCCUCACGACCACAGUCUUUCAUUGAAACUGACACCCUUGAGGUACAGAUGCGUAAAGUAAACCCUCCACCACCUUACCCAGGUACAGUGGUAUCUGCAGCAGCUGCCGCACCAACUACAGCCCCUCCUGGUCUUCUUGUUAGCAAUGAGAAUGGCACUACACUGUCAACAGAUCUAUGUUUAACUAAGGACGAAUUCUCUCUUCACCCAAUUAGCCUUCAAUACCCAACUCCACUAGGCUAUGAAAGAAUCACUACUUUUGACAGUAGCGGAAAUGUCGAAGAGGUAUGUCGCCCAAGGAGACGCCAUUUAAGGAACCAAAAUGCCUACGGGAUGCAAGGAAUGGGCAGCUCCGCCACAUUGAAAGUAACUUCAUCUGAGAACAAGAAGAUCCAGUUGCCAUACAGCUCAGCAACUCUUAGUCGUCUCUCAGUGCCUAGAUAUUCCAUACCAAGCGGAGACCCACCACCUUAUCCUGACACAUCUAACCAAAUGAACACAAUCAGAAGUUCUACACAAAGGAUUGACAGCAACUUGAUUCAUGCCACUUUGCGUCGAGAUCGCAGGGAACAGACCCUGAAGGUUUCUCAAAUGGUGGAAACAGUGAGGACUCUACCGACUAAAUCCAAAAUGAACGGUUCCCUCACGCUCUCCUAUCAGCCAAGGAUACCCACAGCUUUGUAUACAUGCACUCAGUGUAGCAGUAACAGCAGCAGCACUAGUGUAAGUGUCACAGGUGGUGGCACAAACAGCAGCGGAAUUGCUGGAGGAACUGUGGUGAGGCAAGACUUCCCACCUGGUAAAGGGGUCCAACACAGCACGAUAAUUGUGCACUCCAAAAGUGCCUCGCCAUUAGCCUCCCAGUCCUCCUAUAACCUCCUGAGUCCCAUUGACAACAGUAGAGAGAGAACUGUCUAUGUCAACUCUGCCUUUACAGAAGAUGAGACACUAAGUCAGCAGUAUCAUCUUGAAAAAUCAGUACGGCAUUUAACGCUUGGGGAUGUCAAUUUUACAGUCAAACGGCCUCCACCUUACCAAUGGGACUCACCUGCAGCAGAACAACUCUGGAUACCUCAAGAGCAAAAUUUAUUGCCUGGACCUCCAGGACCACCUCAUAAGCCACCCCCAUUUUUACUUAGCCAGCCACAGCAUUUAGACAUGACCCGACUACCUUUUGUCCUUUCAACAAAGCCUCCCCCCAGUCCCAAUUCUAUGACCCUCCCUUCAGCCUAUCAGUUAUCCCUUUCACCCUUCCCAUCAGUUGUAGGGCAUGGUGGACCUCAACUACAGCCUUUGCAGAGUCCUGCACAAUCAUGUGGCCCCAAUGACAUGGUAACAUCUAGCCCUUUUAGCCAACCAGACCCAGCUUUAGUCUUACCCCCAGGCUAUCCCACAAAUUUGACCAAUCUAGGUUGUUGCACUCUGCCUCCCAUGUACCCAGGGACUAGCUCCUGCAGCAACCUUCAGCUCCAUCCAAUGAGCUUGCAUCCUUGGAGCACAUAUAGCACUUGUCCUCCCAUGCCAGACCAUUCUGCCACGCUGCCCAGUAAGACCCUUCAGGCCCUGGAGAAGCCAGUUCUCUCUCCUCCUCCACCACCACCUCCACCUCCCCCACCACCUCCUCCUCCACCUCCUCUCCCUCCUCCUCCUCCACCCAUUGAGCUCUUGAACCAUCAGAGUACUUCUGAGGUGGUCGCAGAAUCUGGAGAGAGCUUUCAGGAUCAGUCCUCUCUCAAUGAGAGUCCACAAGGAGCAGAGAGGUUCAGCAAGAAGGGACGUAAGAGGCUUGACAGUAGGGCAGAAGAGGCAAAUAUGUCUGGAGUCUCUGAAGGGAAAUCCAAAAAAGAGAGUCGCACACUCUCUGACUUUAAUUCCCUAAUCUCCAGCCCAAGACUUGGCAGCAGGGAAAAGAAGAAACCUAAAGGGCAGAAAGAGCCGUUGAACAAAGCCAAGAAACUGAGUAGGACCUCCAAUGAGUUCCAGGACAGCUCUGAGAGUGAGCCUGAGCUCUUCAUCAGUGGUGACGAGUUGAUGAACCAAAGCCAGAGCAGCAAGAAAGGAUGGAAGAGCAAACGCAAUCUUCGUACAGCAAACGAACUUGAGGAAAUCAAGUGCCGUAAAGCUAACGAGAGAGAGGAUCGUAGUCUUGGCAGCCAAGGCUUUGUCUAUGUUAUGGCCAACAAGCAGCCAUUGUGGAACGAAGCCACCCAGGUUUACCAGCUUGACUUUGGAGGACGGGUGACACAGGAGUCAGCCAAAAACUUUCAGAUUGAGCUUGAUGGACGCCAGGUAAUGCAGUUUGGCAGAAUCGAUGGCAAUGCAUAUAUCCUGGAUUUUCAGUAUCCAUUCUCAGCAGUACAGGCAUUUGCUGUGGCCUUGGCCAAUGUAACUCAGAGACUUAAAUAGAAAACCUCUCCAGCAAUCUUGUCCUUGAGUACAGAUGGACUGAAAAAGAGUUUAUUGUUAAUUGCAGAUUGUGAGAAAAAUUACAUUCUCUGCUGCCAUAACGUCUGUGCAAUGUCGGUUAGUAGCCAAGAGAUCUGGUCACUCUCAGGCAAGGCGUACACAAGACGUAGACAGGUGGUCCAACUAUAGAUUUAGUGUUAACAGUACCUUUUAGUACCUUUUUGUUAACAGAGGUUCAAGCCGAUUUAAGGUUCCACCUGAAAGGUGGUACACAUCUGAAGAAGAGUUAAUAUUUGUGUAUUGAUGGAAAAUAAUUUGAUUUAAUUCACUUUUAUUGAUUUUUUCCAUGUAUUUCAUUAGUAUAUAAUGGUGUGAUUUAAAUAUAUAGAUAAUUACUAAAAUCUGUGAUAGAUGUUAGACUGUGGGCUUUGUUUCUUUUUUCCCUUGAUUUCCCCAUCUCCUUUUGUGUUUGUACCUGAGAUUUAUGUGCCAAAUUUAGAUUUCCUAUGUAAAAACAUUGUGAAGUGACAGAUUUUGACAAUUGUUUGUGGUCAGCAACCAAUGAAAAUCUAGGGAGGAGAAAACUUAUGUUUGAAUGUUCUCAUCCCACGACUCACUUCCAUGAAGUGAAACAGAGGUAAUAUAUUCAAGUUAUUAUCAUAUUUUCCCAAUUGUGCCACUAUAAUGAAUGCAUUUUUAAGGUUUAAAAAUUCAUUUAAACUUUAAAUUGAACUUUUUCUUCACAAAAUGUCUUAUGUUAUAUUGCAUCAUUUGCACACUGUUAUUGCAGUAUCUCAGUAAUGUCCUUUUUGAAUGAAUAUUUGCUUUUUAAUGUUAACAGUAACAGAAAUCAAAGUUUGAACAUUUUUAAUUACUUUCAAAUAUAUAUUAUAUUGUCAUUGUCAUGGAAGUGACAUGACAGAAAAGUGCUGUAGUUAGAUGUAUUCAUAUUGUCCAUGACACUUUAGCACGAACUAUAUAGUAUGCAUUAAUUUAGCCAAAAAAGGUCUUAUAUCACUAUAUGAAUCAAACUUAACACACUGUAUAUUAUGCAAUGAAUGGAAUAUAAAUGAAAUCGAAAGUUGAUAUGUAGGAGUUUUUCUCAUUCCUAAGUUUAAAUAGUCAACCCAAAUUUGAUUUAUGUAAAGGGACAUCUUUUAUUAUA